GUGAUGUUAUGAGCUGGAAAGCUCUUGAACUCCAAUACCCAGCAUGCAACAGGGCAUGGCGUCACGGGUUGGAGGUCAGAGCGGGCUGCGGUUCGGGAUGUAGCUUGCUACUGGAUGGUUCUGUGAAGUUCUAAAUAAAUAUACAGAACAAGCAUACACGCCUCGUCUCUUAUAGAAACGAAGAACAACACAUGGUGUCAGAAGUGGCCGUUGGCAGUCACGGAAUGAAGAUUUGCCACGGGAGAGCCACACGGUAGAAAGAUAAAAAGAGGAAGAGAGCAAAAGCUCGCAGCGCAACAGGCUGCGGCAGUUUUUCUUUUUUUUUUUUCUUCUCCACGAAGGCGUGUAGUGGCUGCAAGCAGUGGAAGUGAAGCAAGGGGACGAGGUACGGACUGAAAAAAAAAAAAAGAGGAUCUAGUACCUGAAUUGGAGGACAGCUACCGCAGAGAGAGGGUGGUGGAAGUCUCGAUACCCCGACGUCAUGGAUAAGCUAAGUCCACCCACUGCUAUGCAAUUGACUGGUAAUCUUGCUGAUAACUGGAAACGUUUCAAGCAAAGAUUUAACAUAUAUCUAACAGCAAGCGGUGCAGGAGCUGAUGAUGAGAAGCUAAAAGCCAACAUACUUUUGCAUGUGAUGGGAGAAGAUGCUUUGGACAUAUAUAACAGUUUCCAGCUGGACGAAGCUAAUAUCACGUUAGCACAGCUAAUGGAAAAGUUUGAAGAAUAUUUUGUGCCUAAGCAGAACGUGACCUUUGAGAGGUACAAGUUUUUCACUCAUAACCAGAAACAUGGACUUCCUUUUGAUCAGUACUUAGCAGAGCUUCACACAUUAAGUAAAACAUGUGAAUUUGGCAAUCUGAGGGACUCGUUAGUGAGAGACAGGAUUGUUUGUGGCACUGUGGAUAAUGCACUUAGAGAAAGACUGCUCAGAGAAACUGGACUAACAUUAGAUAAGUGUGUCACUAUGUGUAGGGCAGCAGAAACUACACGAGCACAAGCAAAAGAGCUACGGAGAGAUGAAACAACAGUGCAUGCAGUGCAUAAAGAGCAGAUGAGAAAAAAGACAUUUACCAAACAGAAAGAGAAAUCUGCAGAAUUUAAAUGUGGUAAAUGUGCAGGCACUCACAAACCAAAAUCUUGUCCAGCAUAUGGAAAAUCCUGUAACAACUGUGGGAAAAGCAAUCAUUAUGCAAGAUGUUGCAAAGCUGCCGCAAAGAAGAAGGUUCACGCAGUUGAUGAAGAAGACGAGGAUGAUAGUGAGUUCAUAGUGGAUGUGGUACAAGCAUGUGCAACAGAAAAAGAGGAAUGGAUAAUGCCAAUCAAAGUAAAUGAGACAGUUAUACCAUUCAAGUUAGACACAGGUGCACAUGUAAACCUGUUAUCAUGGGAGGAUUAUAAAAUUAUGACUGUAAAAAGCAAAAUUCAUCCCAUAAAAACAAAAGUGACAGGAUACACUGGAGAACGCAUACCUGUUAAAGGUGGGUGCAUCGCAACCUUUCAACACAAAGGUCAGCAGAUACAGGCGCAGCUGCUAAUUGUGGAUGCAAAUGUGCAACCAAUCCUAGGACUAAAGACAUGUACAAAGCUCAAUCUCGUCAAAAGAGUGUUUGUAGUGACGUCACCAGGUACUGUGAAUGACCAUGACUCACUCAUGGAGGAAUAUAAAGACUGUUUUGAGGGACUUGGAUGUUUACCUGGAGAACAUAAAAUAUGUGUGGAUAAAAGCGUGUCUCCUGUUGUACAUCCGUGCAGGAAGAUCCCGUUUGCACUCCGGAACAAACUGAAAGAAGAACUGGUGCGCAUGGAAAAACUGGGAGUCAUCAAGAAAAUAGAUGAGCCAACUGAAUGGUUCUACGACCCAGAGAGAAGCACUAGGAUCUCGGCAGAUGCGUCACAGUUUGGCCUUGGAGCUGUGCUGCUACAACAACAUGAUGGGCAGUGGCUUCCGGUCGCCUAUGCAUCUCGAGCCUUGACCAGUGCAGAAUCCAGGUACGCACAGAUAGAAAAAGAGCUGUUAGCAAGCUUAUAUGCCUGUGAGCGUUUCCACCAAUAUGUAUAUGGACAAGCUUUUGAAGUGGAAACUGACCACAAACCUUUGGUGUCCAUCAUGUCUAAGCCGCUGAACGACUGUCCGUUACGGAUACAGCGAAUGCUUAUCAGGCUACAUAAGUACGACGUGCACAUGUUAUACACGCAGGGUAAAUACAUGUACACCGCCGACACCUUGUCCAGGGCAGUGGAUAAGGAGGAAAGUGCAGACAGCGAAAAGAGUGCAGAGAUUCAAGCAUACGUGGACAUGGUCGUGUCGUCGUUGCCAAUAACGGGUGACAGAACAGAGCAAAUACGGAGAGAGACUAGUGCAGAUGAAGUACUGAAAGAACUCAAGAUCACAAUUCAGAAAGGAUGGCCAGAAAACAGAAAGGAUUGCCCCAUAACAGUACAAGACUACUGGAACUGCAGAGCAGAGCUCACUGUGGUGGACGACAUAGUGAUGAAGGGGAGCAAAUUCGUAAUUCCAUCCUCUCUACGGAAGCAAAUGCUCCAAAAGAUACACGAAGGUCAUCUGGGAGAGGUCAAGUGUAAACGUCGGGCAAGAGAAGUAAUGUAUUGGCCGAGAAUCAACCAUGAUAUCAGCCAGACAACAGCAUCAUGUGAUCUUUGCCGCAUACACAGGCCAAAACAACAAGCAGAGCCGUUGAUGACUCAUCCGGUGCCCCACAGACCUUACUACAAGGUGGGUACUGACCUGUUUGACUGUGAUGGAAAAAGUUACAUCCUGGUCACUGACUACUUUUCCAACUACCCAGAAGUCGGAGCGCUGCAGUCAACAUCAAGCAAGGCAGUUAUCAGCUUCCUAAAGACUGUCUUUGCCAGACACGGCAUUCCAUGUGAACUUUUUUCAGACAAUGGGCCCCAAUUUACCAGCUGUGAGUUUGAGGCCUUUGCUGAAGAAUGGGGUUUUCAGCACAAAACAUCGAGUCCAAACUACCCAAGGUCUAAUGGCUUGGCUGAGGGUUCAGUGAAAAUAAUAAAAAACAUGAUGAAAAAAGCACAGGACAGAGACGACUUUCAAAAAAGCCUGCUGAUCUACAGAAGUGCACCUCUUCAGAACGGACUAUCACCAGCACAAAUGCUGAUGGGUCGACGCAUUCGUUCCAACCUUCCGGUGAAUGAAGACCUGCUGACACCCAAAGGUGCGCACAAAGUUACACAGCUGAAGGAGGAACAAAAAGCAAAACAAAAAAAGCUGCAUGAUCGGAUGGCAAAACAUCUUCCGAUACUGAAGCUUGGAGAUACGGUGCGUCUCAGGGACAUCUCUACUGGCACCUGGAGAAAAAAAGGGCGGGUGGAGGAGGAAGUUGCACCACGCUCCUUCAGGAUUCAAGUGGAGAAUGGAACGUCUCUAAGGAGGAAUCGCACAGAUCUUCAACUACAGACGACUGGAACUGACAUGGCAGCUCAGGAGAUGGACCAGCAGGACCCAGCAGAAUCAGGAGGGUUGGUUAGCAGUGGACUGACGGCAGCAUCUGCAUCACCUGCGGAUGUGACACCUUCCCAUGUGUCUACAUCAGCAACUCCUGAAAGGCUGGCUAGGCCUAAGAGACAGAUUCACCCUCCUAAGAGGUUAAUUGAGAGUUGCUGAGGGCUUGCUUUGGUAGUGCAACUUACUUUAAAGACUUUAUGUUUGUGUCAUAUUUGCAGGAAAAGGAACAGCUGAAAUGUUGGAAUGAUAGAAGUUAAUGUUGAUACUGUUUCAAGUUAGUGUUUGGAUGCAUAGAGGCACUUGAUAACGUUUGUUAAAAAAAAAAAAAAAUGGUUUAAAGUGAAAAGUUGUUUACAGAAAAUAGUUUUUUCUUAUAGGUUAAAUAUUAUUUCUUAUAGGAGAAGGGAUGUGAUGUUAUGAGCUGGAAAGCUCUUGAACUCCAAUACCCAGCAUGCAACAGGGCAUGGCGUCACGGGUUGGAGGUCAGAGCGGGCUGCGGUUCGGGAUGUAGCUUGCUACUGGAUGGUUCUGUGAAGUUCUAAAUAAAUAUACAGAACAAGCA